UUAUGGCAUUUGACGUUUGACGUGAGUCGUGAUUCUAUUCGAUUCAAAUAAAUCUUUCCUAUUUCUUGUGUUGUUAACUACUUUGCAAUUUUCCAACUGAAAAUUCUUCAUAAAAAAGUAAAUAUAACCACUAUAAAUAGUAAAAUUAUGAAACGUGCUUUCGUGUACAAAAAUAAAACAGAGAAUGACGGAAAUCUUGUGGCCGUGGAAGACACGUUUAAAGAUUUCAUAGAAUCCAUCGCUUCGAGUUUCAACUUGGAAGCGGAAAAAGUGAAAAUUUACUUGAAAAAUGGCUGUGAAAUACACGACACGAGAGUUAUAAGAGACGAUGAAAAGAUUUAUUUAAGUUUAGACAGUGAAAAUGGUGUGAAAAGUUGUGAAAAGUCAUUCGAAAGUUUGCAUGUUUCGGACACUGCGGAAAAUGAUUCCGUUGCAGAUAAAGGCGUUGUUUCUGACUGGAUAACGUUAAACGUUGGUGGUAAACACUUUACAACGUCCCGAUACACAUUACUAGUGAAGGAACCUUUGUCAAUGUUAGCGAGAAUGUUCGCGGACGACAAUAACGUGUAUUUAAUGAACCCGAGUGCUAAAGACAAGACAGGCGCGUACUUAAUAGACAGGAGUCCAGAGUAUUUCGAGCCUAUAUUGAAUUAUUUGAGGCACGGCGAAGUCAUUUUGGAUAAAUGUGUCAACCCUAGAGGUGUUUUGGAGGAAGCUGCUUUUUAUGGUAUAGACUCAAUGUUACCGCAGCUUCGUCAACUAAUCGAAGAGUCAACAAGUCAAAGUGGCAGAAGUCAGUCCCUCACCAGGAUGGAUGUCAUCCGGCUCAUAAUGAUGACUCCUACCGAAUCUGAGUUGAGGUUUCAAGGAGUCAACUUGGCUGGUGCUGACUUGAAUAGAUUAGACCUGAGACACAUAAAUUUCAAGUAUGCUUGCUUAGCUCGUUGUAACCUGAGUGGUGCGAAUCUCUCUCACUGCUGCUUGGAGAGAGCUGACUUAUCUCACGCCAAUCUCGAGGGAGCUCAAUUAUUGGGCGUCAAAGCUCUAUGUGCUAAUAUGGAAGGUGCUCUAUUGAAAGGGUGCAACAUGGAGGAUCCUGCAGGAUCAAGGGCUGUCAUGGAGAGUGUCAAUUUGAAAGGUGCAGAUCUAGAAGGUAGCAAUAUGGCGGGCGUGAAUUUGCGUGUGGCAACACUGAAGAAUGCCAACCUUCAAAAUUGUGAUCUCAGAGCCGCUGUGUUAGCCGGUGCAGACUUAGAGAGUUGCGACUUGUCGGGCAGCGAUCUUCACGAAGCCAACCUGCGAGGAGCCAACUUAAAGGACGCCAUGUUCGAACUAAUGCUGACACCAUUACACAUGUCGCAGACUAUAAGAUAAUUUAUUUAUACAUGUUAAUUACUUAAAUAGUUAAUUAUUGUACUCGAAUUAAAUAAAAUUUUAUUUGGGUUAUUUAUUUUUAAUAUUAGUUAUCUACUUAAAAAUAUAAACAUUAAUUUAC